GGCGGCCGGCGACCGCCGCGCUCGCCUGACCUGCGUGCCCUGCUGGCCGCGCCGGGUUGCCCCGAAGGAUGUCCGCUCAGUCCAAGGGGACCGCAUCCUCCUCCUCUUCGCCAUCCGAGGGGCCGCCGGCAGCCUCCAAAGCCAAGGUGAAGGAGCAGAUCAAGAUCAUCGUGGAGGAUUUGGAAUUAGUCCUAGGGGACCUGAAAGAUGUCGCCAAGGAACUUAAGGAGGUGGUUGACCAGAUUGACACACUGACGUCUGAUCUACAGCUGGAGGAUGAGAUGACAGACAGUUCCAAAACAGACACACUUAAUAGCAGCUCUAGCAGCACGACAGCUUCCAGCUUGGAGAAAGUCAAGGUGCGUGGCAAUGCCCCUCUCAUCAAGCCGCCUGCGCACCCCUCUGCCAUCCUCACCGUGCUGCGGAAGCCAAACCCACCCCCGCCUCCACCACGACUGACACCUGUCAAGUGUGAUGAACCUCCCAGGCUGCCUCCUUUGGCCAACCCAGUCAAGACUAAUGGCACCUUGCUGCGAAACGGGGGCUUACCAGUGGGGCCUAGUCGCGUCCCAAAUGGAGAUAUGUGCUGUAUACCAAACAGUAAUUUGGAGAAAGUCAUGGUGCAGAAAGAACGGUGUCCUCAGCCAGGAGCAAGGGAACGGGUACGAUUUAGUGAAAAAGUGCAGUACCAUGGCUAUUGCCCCGACUGUGAUGUUCGGUAUAACAUUAAAAACAGGGAGGUGCACUUGCACAGUGACUCGGCCCGUGUUGCUGGAAAGCUGCCACACCAGUGCCCUCCUCUGCCACCUCCACCACCUCCACUGCCUCCAUUUCCUCUGGAAAAUGGAGGACUGGGGAUAAGUCCCAGUAAUAGCUUUCCUCCUCCAAGACCUGCAACUGUGCCUCCAAAAACUCCACCAAAACCCCAGAAGACCAUCUUGAGGAAAUCAACCACUACAACAGUGUGAAGUAUGCCACUUGUAAUAACUCUUUAUUUUUUCCUAUAUAUAAACAUAAAUAGGUAAUGAGCACUUUCUACUUGAGCAAUAAAAAGACCCAAUGUAUUACUCCCUGUAUCCAGUGGAGUGGCAGAAAAAUCACAUGCACCUUCAGGCUUGAAGGAAUACCUAUAUUUGGAGGCACGCCAGUUACUUUCUUGCAUAUCAGAUUCAUCAUUGUGACUUCCUGCAGGCCAGAUCUGAGAAGUAACCAGGAACCUGAACUUUAGUGGAGAAUGGAAAAGCCCUUCAAGUGAGAGCACAACUGAUCACUAGUGUAAUCUGCAUUGAGUCAUCUUUCUCAGAUCUGACAGCUACAAGCUGAGUCCCGGCAAAAGCCACAGCCUUAAAUUCCAUUCAGUGGGAAAGAAGGAUAAGAGAACUAAAUGUCUUGCCCCAUUGCAGAGACUGCUGUCUCCAAGCCUGACACCCAAGUUCUGUGCUGAGCAACCAGAGUAACAGUGAGGUUUUUUUAUGAGUACAGCCAGCAUCCACAAAUAUUUCAAUAUGUAGCCAAAAGGAGAAAUGAAGGACUUGUGAUAUCAGAAAAUGAAUACAUUUAUUGAAACAGAGGAAUGUUACUGUGGGGAAAGAAGACCUCUGUCAUCCCUUGUACAUAUUCAAAGCCAUACAGGAACAGGGCACAAGUGAAGUUAAAUCACUUAAAAGGAUGCUGUCUCCUGUUCUCUACCCAACUUUGAGGAAGCUCUGCUGUUAAAGAUUGUGUCGCAAUGCACUUCUAGUAUUUGCACUGUCACUUCCAUUCAGGGUAAUGAUGUGUGCCACCAUUUUUGCACAGAUGGCCCCAGGAGAUUUUUGACCACAACAAGCUAUACUUUGCCGGGGCUCCAAAAGGAAUUAAAAAGUUAGAACUGAAGAAAGACAUUUAUGCUCUCUUUCACUAUGGGGAUCUCUUCACAGAAAGGACUUUGGUCCUUUCUUAGGAUUAAAUAAGUACAUGCAUAUACAUACAUAUAUAUAUAUAUGUAUAUAUAUGAAGCAGCAUCAACAUGAUAAGGUGUAUUUAAAAAGGGGAUAUAAUCUUUUUUAAUAGCAUCCAUUUUUUUUAUCAUAUUAGCAGCCAAGAAAUUUAGUCUAUUGAAUUAUACAUCCAAAAUGUUCCUAUUGAACAUUGACAUUUUAGUCCCAGUUACUGUUAAAGAAGUCAUUUGUAAUAUGUACUUGACAUUAAAUUUUUCUAGCCAUUUGUCUAUACUUCAUGAAGAAAUCUAACAGACAAACAGCAUUUUCAGUUUAUAUUUCUAAAUAAAUAUGUUGUUUGUAUUAUUUGCAGUCACUCAUUUUGGCUGGUUUUCAUUAUCUUGAAAAGGGAUUUAAAGAAGAACCAAAACACAAAAAUUGUUUGUUCUUGUUAAGCUGUAAUGAUUUGAUGAAUGAAAGCUUUAAUAUAAAUACUGUAAUUUGUAAAAUGAUGAAGUAUAUUUAUAUAGGUAAAUAUGUAUGGAAAACAAAAGGAGGUAUUUUAACUCUUAAUUUCAGAACAUAGUUUAUUUUAAUAACCACAGGAAGAAAUUAAAUAUAUAAUGGAUAGGGAUUUUUUAUGGUCAGUGGGUUUUAGUAAGUGAAGAUUUGGAUGCUUAAGAAUGAGAUGAAUGUAGUCUAAUAAUUGUGGUUUCCCAAAUUAUUCAGAGACCUUUUGUCAGCUGUCUCAUUUUAUUCAAACAUUGGUUUAGUUUUCUGGGAGUUGGGGUUUUUUAGGGUGCAUGUGUGCUAGCGUUUUCAUCUGGGUUUUGUUUGUAUUAGCAUACUGACAAGACCAUGAACUUGAUACUAUUUGAUAAGUUACAGAAAAAGAGGUUGUUCCUUAGGAUGAUCUACACUUUACAGUUAAGAACAGUCAUUGUUAUCCAUCUAAUUCAGUGGUUUGUUGUACAGUUAUUGGACAUUUCAAUGCUAGAGUUGUUUUGAAUAAAAACCCUUUUUUUCAUUUUUUUCUUAGUCCAUUAGCCUGUGUGUAAUUUUAAGAGAAAAGUAAUGCAUUUGGUUCCCAGUUUAUUCAAAUCAUUCAUCUUAAAUCCAGUCAUAUGUAGCUGAUUUAUAAAGCUGAAUAGGUUUUUCUUUUAUUUUAUUGCUUUAUGGAACCUAUUAAGUGCUCACUAACAGAAAAAAAAAAUAUCUUUCAAAAAAAAUUAAUCUGUGGGUUAACUUUGUAAAGGGCAAAUAUCUUAAAAAUGUGUUGCUCUGCUUUAAUGUGGUAACCAGUGUAUGCGUGUAUGUUUGUGUGUGUGCACACAUGCACACCCUUACUUGCUCAUGAAUGAAAUGCCAGCUCUGCUGAAGUGAGUGCCACAAGUCCUGUUUCUGCAAAAGAUGCUCAUAUUACUGCAUUUUUUGGUGAAAGACCUGAGCUCUGUCUUUGCUUGUGACUCUGAAGCCAUAAACAGCUUUUGAAGUUUGUCAGGAAAUCAGAAAAUGAAAUAAUAAGUUUAUAUUAGACUCCGUCAUUUGGCAAAACUUGGGAUGAUCUAAUGAUAUGACUCUUUUCUUUUAAAGAAAAUGAAUGGUCAAUUUCCAUUGGUGCAAUGGAUAAAUGAAACCUUUUUUGUAUUUGUUAAAAAAUGAUGGCUGUGUUUUGUUCACAUACAAUUUAGCUUACGGUUGGCUUACAGUCUUGUUACGAUGAUGUCAUUUCUGUGUCAUUAGAAUACCUUAUUUGGACACACAACUUGCAUGGGCUUGGUUUUGCUCCCUCUUCUGAUAACCUACACUUAAAAAUCGGAAGGCUUGUUCUUUGAGACUAGUGUUCAGAGUUGUUUAAGAACUGAAACCAUAAGAAUUUCAGAAUGCUAAUUUGAACACUUCCAUUAUUACCUAAUGAUAACACUUUCAAAAGUUCUUUUUUUUUUGUGAACAAAAUGCAUUCAUUUAAAUCUGAAAAUAGCCCAAUAAAAAUCUAGUGAAAUAAUUUGUUACUACUUGCAAAUAUUUUUCUACUAUUCUGAGUUCUAGAUCAGCUUGCGUGUAAAAUUUUUACUGCACAAAACCCACCUGAUACAAUGCACAGUUUUCUUCAGAAAAAUACAUGAGAUAUGAAAAAUAA